AUGAAGGUCGUGGUUACAGGGGCGACCGGAUUGGUCGGCAACGAAGUCGUCAAGCAAUGUCUUGUUGACGUUCGCAUUACAAAAGUCGUUAUCCUUACUCGAAAGGCUGUCUCUAUGGAUAUUGAAAGUCACCCAAAGGCGGAUGUUAUUAUGGUUCAGGACUUUUCACGAUAUUCCGAUGAUCUUUUACGGAGAAUCGAGGGUUCUUCAGCAUGUUUAUGGGUCAUUGGAGCUCGUUCAGAUCACUCCUCGCACAUUGAUAAAGCUUCACUUCACCACGUCAACGUUCAACUACCGCUAUACGCCGCCAAAGUCAUGAGCGAGCGCAUCGCACCCAAAACUCCAGCAGGUCAAAAGUUCAACUUUGUCUUUGCCAGCAACAAGUCGAGAUCAUCAGCCUCUUCACUGCUCUCGCUCGGGGACCCGCGAAAGCCAAAGACCGAGGCCGAAAAGGGUCUAUGCGAAAUUGCAGACGCCAGCCCUGAAACGUUUAGCGCUUGGAUCUUAAGACCCAGCGCCAUCCUCACUUCCUCCUCCGAUGCCGCGCCCAAGAAGAGGAGACUCGUUGGGGGAAGAUCGAGUAAUGGCGUUGAGGUUGCGCAAAUGGCAAGGGCUUUUGUUAAGUUGGCAUGCGAAGGCUACAGAGAUCGCAUCGUUGAUACUGAUGCGAUAUUGAAGAUGAUUACAUAA